AUGGGUUCCUUAUCAGAACCCAGCGAGGUCGCGCUCCGCGCCGCCACUAUUCACGCUCACGGUGAAUACGAGCACAAAAACCCUCAAUCGCUCAAAUACCAUGAGGAAGCCUGCAAAUACUUGCCCGGCGGCAACACGCGGACAGUGCUGCACACAAAUCCCUUCCCGUUGACCAUCGACCACGGGAAGGAGUGUUAUCUGACAACGGUCGACGGGCACACCUAUGUCGAUUUCCUAGGCGAGUAUACGGCAGGCAUAUACGGGCACAACCAUCCUGUUAUAAGACAGGCGGUGGAGUCCGCACUGCACGGCGGCUGGAACUAUGGAGGUCACAACAAGCUGGAGCCGGAACUCGCAAAGAUUAUCUGUGAGCGGUUCCCAGCGAUGGAGCUGGUGAGGUUUGUCAAUUCGGGGACAGAAGCCAACAUGAUGGCGCUUGCUACGGCGCUGGCUUUCACUGGAAAGAAAAAGAUUCUCCUCUUCCACAAAGGCUACCACGGUUCCACAAUUUCAGGAAUCAAGCUCUCCGACAAAACCUCAAUCAACCUGCCUCACGACUUCGUUUUGGCCACCUACAACGACGUCCAGGGCACUGAAUCCCUGGUCAAUUCUCUCCCUAAGGACUCCCUCGCUGCAAUCUUGCUGGAACCCAUGCUCGGGUCUGGCGGGUGCUACGCCGCAACCCCAGAAUUCCUGUCCACACUCCGCCGGCUGGCGACCGAGCACGGCGCGCUACUGAUCUUUGACGAGGUCAUGACUUCGCGCCUGCACUACCACGGCCUGGGCAGCCAAACGGGCCUCACGCCGGACCUGAUGACGCUCGGAAAAUGGGUCGGGGGAGGGAUGAGUUUUGGUGCGUUUGGCGGAAGGAGGGAGAUUAUGAAGCUGUACGAUCCGCGCGACGGCACGCUUCUGCAUCCGGGGACGUACAAUAACAAUUGCUUCACUAUGGCCGCCGGGGUCGCGGGCUGCAACCUGCUCAAUCCCGAGACAAUCAACAACCUGAACGCGCUGGGCGACCGUAUGAGGACGCAAGUCGAGACCGUGCUGUCAAAUCGCGGCAUCCUGGAGGGAACCACCGUUCCAUCAAGUCCCGUCACAGACGCUAUGCCCCAGCGGCCACCCAAGAUGUUCAUCAAGGGCAAGGGGAGUCUCAUGGCCAUCCAAUUCACGGGCCCCGAGGCGACCACCUUGCAAGACCUCUUCUACCACCACAUGCUGGCGCAGGGGAUCUACAUCGCAUCGAGAGGAUUCGUGGCUCUCAACAUUAUGCUGACGGAGGAACAUGUGGCCAUGUUUGUGAGGGCUGUUGAAGGGUUUUGCGAGGUGUGGGACAAGGAGUUGAAGUGGUGA